UGGACCGAGCUUCUGCAAGUAUACAUGCCAAUGGAAAUCUGUGGUUAUUAAACCUCUCCCUGACCCUCUGCACUGAGUUUGUGUUCUGAAUAAAACUCAAGUGCCAAGAAAGUUGAAGGGAGCCAUACACCACAAAGAGCCAGUACUGUGAGUAAGGGAAGGCAUCUUCUCCUAUAAGUACCACCGAGAUAUCCAUUUCCCCGCUGUCCAAGAAGAAAUCAAACAAGAAUUGGAAGCUAAAGCCACCAAAGAAGCUGACGAGAAGAAUAACAGGGAUAUAGCGCAAGAAAAGGAAGAACAGUUGAUGGAAGAAAGGAAAAAGAGAAAAGAAGACAAGAAAAAGAAGGAAUCUGUUCUUAAGGCCACUGAACAAAAAAACAAAGUGCCAGAAUCAAAGUCCAGUUCAAGCCAGCCUCAGCCUGCCAACCCUAACAACGGCACUUCAGCUAUAACCAGCAACAUCAGCAAUGCCAAGCGGGCCACAGCCGCCAGCAGCCAGCCGCAAACCUCGCCUCGCUACCCGCCCCGCGAAGUUCCACCACGUUUCCGACACCACGAGCAGAAACAGCUGCUGAAACGGGGUCAGCAACUACCUAUCCUUGCUGCAAACCUGGGAGCGAGAGCCCAAGCUCUGAACAGCAGGAGCACCGUGACCACACCGCCAGCCAGUGACAGACCGCUGCAGAACGGCAACAAAGACAACCACACAGGCAUGCCCCCCAUACGGGAUUUGGUCAGCCACUCCCCUAACCAGUCAGAUUUGAAUCACAGUGGUCUGGGAUCACAUUAUGAAAAUUCCCACUGGGGACCUGGUUCUUCCGGCAGCGAUUCCAACACCAACUGGGACAAAGUUAUUGUAGACGGGUGUGAUAAGGAAGCCUGGCCUUCAAUCACUGGUAGUGACCCAGAGUUGGCUUCAGAAUGUAUGGACGCUGACUCUGCCUCAAGCUCUGGGUCCGAGAAAAACCUUAGUAUAAUGGCAUCUGGGAACACUGUUGGUGACAAUGAUGGCAAAAGAAACGGCAACGGACUCAGUUCUCAGAAUCAUUUUACGGUUGGAAAUGGCAGCAAUAAUGUCGACAAUGGAAGUAUUAAUGGGCCAUGGGGUUUAUCCAAUGGCUCGAUGUUAAGCACAUGUCAAGGUUCUGUGGAAGGUCCCAACAGUAAGUUAGCUGAAAGUAGUCAUGGUAAAAUAAAUGCAUGGGGUAACUUAGGUUCCUCAACCAAUGGAGGUGUAAAUCCAAGCACUUUGAACCCAAAUGCCAACCAUGGUGCCUGGUCUGUUUUGGAAAACAAUGGGCAUAAUCCACAAGGACCUGUGGGAAGUGGGAAUAAUGGCACCAAUAUUCAACGUAGCACCAUAGGUCAAAUGCCCAACAAUCAGAGUAUUAGCUCUAACAUGGGUUGUUCCAUCCAUGGAUCCUGGGGGAGCCUUCAGGAAAAUGCUGAAUCUGAACUCAAUGGUACAAGGAAGGUUUCUUUAAGCGGUCAACCUCAAAACCUUAACACUGAAACGAAUGGACCAAAUAACACUACUAACAUGAUGACCUCUAGUUUACCAAACUCUACUGGUUCAAUGCAGAUGAAUGAACUGCCUAACAUUACAGGGCCCCGGGCCUGGCGUAUGAGCACAGUAAACCCUUCUCAACAUCAGGCCUCAGCAGUUUCUAAUGGCACUUCCAUUUCUCAGUAUAACAAUGGUGAGGGAAUUAAUGGCGGGUCUUAUGGUACGACAUGGGGUGUGCCAGGCACGAACUACUCUGGAGACAAAUGUCAAGUCCCUAAAGGCCAGUCAAUUGGUGACACUGUGAAUUCAACUCUAAUGCAGUCUGCGAUGAACGGAUCAGCAGCAGACGCUGCUUCUUUUAAGAAUAGUAGCAGGGUUGGCAGUCAAGGGGGAGCGUGGGAAUCUGGUACAGUCAACUCCCACAAUAUGGCAUGGGGAACGGGGAACAGUGUGGGCUCAGCAGGGGUUCAGAGAGCCUGGGGAAGCGCUUCUUCAAACACUGGCACUAACUUAUCCAAUGGGGAAUGGAACAACCUGCCGAAUAAUCAGCAUUCCAAUGAUGGCAUGAAUGGGAACGGCAAUAGGAAGGGAACAAAUGGAUGGAAGUCCCUUGAGGACGAUGCUGUUUGUGGUCAGAAUUCUGUGAUUUCCCAAGUGAAUGAGCAGAACAGUGUAUGGGCCAAAUCUACGGCUACUAAUGUGGAAAGUGAGGGUAGCACAGAAAGCACUGGAAGUCAAAAUGAGAAAAUGAAAGGGGAUGGACACAGGGGUCGUGACAGAAGAAAAGCUGACCCACAAGGGUUAAUCCAGAGUACUUUGAACAGACCGGACUUAGACCCAUGUGUCCUUUCCAACACUGGUUGGGGUCAGACUCCAAUCAGACAGCACACUGCCUGGGAUAUAGAAGCUUCAAUGCGAAUUGAGAAAAAGACUGAUAUUGGAACAGGGGCCUGGGGAGGUGCCAUUUCCCAGACUUCUAACUCAGGGGGGUGGGGGGAUGGGCCUAGCCCAGUCAGCAAAGAUACCUCAUCAGUAUCUGGGUGGGCGGAUCAAAAGCCUGCCACAGGGUGGGGAGACACCAAAGGCUCUAGCAGCCAAGGGGGUUGGGAUGACAAAUCUACUUCUGCUCCUACAGGAGUCACCAAGAGCAAUCAAUCAUGGGGAUGUAGCAAAGAAGAUAAGUCUUCUACCUGGAAUGAUGCAGAAAAGGUCAAACCGGGAUGGGUAGAAGGACAGAAAUCAAAGCAAGGUUGGGGAGUUCCAUCUCGUGGUGAGGAGUGGGGGGAAGCUCCAAAAGCUAACCAAUGGGGAGAGCCUCAGAAAUCGGGUUCUGGUGGCUGGGAUAGUGACAGUGAUAGAUCAGUUUCUGGCUGGAGUGAACCAGGUAGACCUGGUUCUGGUACUAAUACAUGGGGAGGAGGUAGAGGUAGAGGUGGAGUUGGUGGUGGGGGUGACGGUAAUAAUCCAAACCCAAAUAAUACUUCAGGCUGGGGAGAACCUGCAAAGGCUAAUAACAAAUCUCCAGGUUGGGGAGAGCAGUCAAAGACUAACCAGCCCCAAGGCUGGGGAGAGCCAUCAAAGCCUAAUAACCAGUCUCAAAGUUGGGGAGAACCAUCAAAGACUAACCAGCCCAAAGGAUGGGGAGAGCAGUCAAAAACCAAUAACCAGUCUCAAGUUUGGGGAGAACCGUCAAAGCCUAAUAAUCAGCCCCAAGGUUGGGGAGAGCAGUCAAAGCCAAGUAAUUCCCCUGAUUGGAACAAGCCACAGGAUGUCAGUGGUGGAUCAUCGUCUUGGGGAGGAGCUCCGUCCUCAUCUUCAUCUGCCACCAAUAAACCUGCGGGCUGGCAAAAUGGGCCAGUGCCAGCCGCACCAAAGGAGGAAGAGCCAACAGGCUGGGAGGAACCGUCGCCAGAGACUAUCCGGCGCAAAAUAGAAAUUGAUGAUGGAACCUCUGCUUGGGGAGACCCAAGCAAAUAUAAAUACAAAAAUGUGAACAUGUGGAAUAAAAAUGUUGCUAACGGCAUUAGCGGAUCUGAACAGGAAGCACAGGUACAACAGCAGCAGCAGCUGCAGCAACCACCGCCAAGUGCCAUGCCGAACAAAGAGAACAGUGGUGGCCCUGGAUGGGGAGAGCCUUAUGGUGUUCAGUCGAAGUCUGAAUCAUCUUGGGGAGAGCCACCCGUUCCACCUACUACUGUAGACAAUGGAACAUCUGCCUGGGGCAAACCCGUGGACACUGGUAACUGCUGGAGAGAGGCUGGUAACGAGACUGCUGGCUGGAGUAACACUCCAGUCGGGCAACAGCCUCAAAAUAAACCCGGACCUAAACCUAUGCAAGAUGGCUGGUGUGGUGAUGAAAUGUCCAUGCCAGGGACUCGACACCCCAGUUGGGAGGAGGAGGAGGACGUGGAAAUUGGAAUGUGGAACAGUAACCCUUCGCAGGAGAUGAACCAGUAUGCAAACUGGCCACCUUGCAUGAAGAAAAUGCCUCCAAAGGGCACAAUAAAAGGAGAGAACAAACAGGAUGAUGCAUGGAUGAAUCAAUUUGUGAAGCAGUUUUCUAGUAUUGGUUUCUCUAGGGAUUCUUCUGAAGAAGCCCUAAAGAGCAAUAAGAUGGACAUGUCUGGAGGAAUGUUGCAUGACAAGAGAAUGGACAUGGAUAAGCAUGGUCUAAAUGCUGGAGAAUAUAUUGUUAUGGGAAAGGGCUCUGGCUCCCGCACACAGAUCUCCAAAGAGUCUUCCGUGGAACGCAGCCCUUACUAUGAUAAGCUGUCUUUGGCCAUGUCUGGGCACGAUGGCAGUGUAGCAGAAGAACCCCAAAAUGUACAGUUUGUUUCUAAUCAAAAUAUGAAGCUUCCCCCUUCAAACAAUGCACUACCUAAUCAGACCCAUGGCUCUGUGGCAGGGCUGGGCAUCCAAAACUUGAAUUCUGUUAGACAGAAUGGCAAUCCCAAUAUGUUCAGUGGCAGUAAUGCAGCAGCACAAGCCAGGGGCAUGCAGCAGCCUCCAGCACAACCUCUUAACUCAUCUCAGCCUAAUCUCCGUGCUCAAGUGCCUCCUCCAUUGCUCUCCCCUCAGGUUCCAGCAUCAUUAUUGAAGUAUCCACCAAACAACGGAGGCCUGAGUCCGCUCUUUGGCCCUCAGCAGGUAGCCAUGCUGAACCAGCUUUCCCAGUUAAACCAGCUAUCGCAACUCUCACAGAUCUCUCAGCUGCAGCGACUCUUGAUGCAGCAACAGAAAGUUCAAAAUCAGAGAAGUAUGCCAUCUGGUGGACGUCUGCAACAUGACCAGCAAGGUCGGCCACUCGGCAUGCCCCAGCAGAUGAUGCAGCCUCCGCGCCAGCUGGACCCCAACCUGAUGAAACAGCAGGUUCACCCCCAGCAGCAACAACUCCAUCAGCCUGCCAUGAAGUCCUUCCUGGAAAACUUCAUGCCCCACCAUGAGCUGCAAAAAGAGCCGCCAACACUCAAUUCGUUCAAUAGCUUUCCUAUAGGUGGGUUUCCCCAGCCUAACUUAGGACAGUCUGUUGCUCUGAAGCACCCCAUGAUGUCUGGCCAUGAUCUUGCGCCAGGCUGUUACCCUCCUGGCACUGGCAUACAUCACAAUCAUAGCCAUCUUAGUCCUCCACUCACUAAUGGCCAUCCAGGGCCAGUCUCGCCCAUCCAUCAACGGGCAGGGAAGAAGUAUGCCAGCCAAGAAAGUACUGUAUCAGCAAGAGGCUUGAAUUCAAACUUGAAUGUAAACAACCUUGAUAUUGGCAGUAUUAAUUAUAAAGAGCCACAGUCCCGACUGAAGAAGUGGACUUUGGAUAACAUUUCUGUUAACACAUCAUUAGAUCAAAACUCCAGCAAACCUGGUGCUAUUUCAACCGGGCUUCGGCUUGAAGAGUCUCACUUCGGUCCAUAUGACUUCAUGAACAACUCUCCUGCCAGCCCUCCUGGAUGUGUUGGGGACGGCUGGCCCAAUCGUGCCAAAUCGCCUAACGGCUCUAGCAAUGUCAACUGGCCGCCAGAAUUUCGCCCUGGUGAGCCAUGGAAAGGAUAUCCAAACAUUGACCCUGAAACUGACCCUUACGUCACUCCUGGCAGUGUGAUAAAUAAUCUCUCUAUUAAUACUGUUCGGGACGUUGAUCACCUCAGGGACAGGAAUAAUGGGGCAACCUCAUCUCUGAACACCACGCUGCCUUCAACUAGUGCCUGGUCAUCCAUUCGUGCCUACAGUGGUUCCCUCAGCAGUACAGCACAAAGCACUUCGGCCAGAAACAGUGAUUCCAAAUCCACUUGGCCACCUGGUCCAAUCACAAACACUUCUUUGGCUCAUGAGCUGUGGAAGGUUCCUUUGCCACCUAAAAACAUCACUGCUCCGUCUCGCCCACCGCCUGGGCUCACGGGUCAAAAGCCUCCUUCCUCCUGGGAAAACAACUCGCUCCGCCUGGGCGGAGGAUGGGGGAAUUCUGACUCGAGAUACACUCCUGGUUCCAGUUGGAGUGAUAACAGCUCAGGGAGAACAACCAAUUGGCUUGUUCUCAAAAAUCUUACACCUCAGAUUGACGGCUCCACCCUGCGAACACUGUGCAUGCAGCACGGUCCACUGAUAACAUUCCACCUUAAUCUGCCCCACGGCAAUGCUUUAGUCCGAUACAGUUCGAAGGAGGAGGCAGCCAAGGCACAAAAAUCUCUGCACAUGUGUGUUUUAGGGAACACUACUAUUCUUGCUGAAUUUGCCAGUGAAGAGGAGAUCAGUCGUUUCUUUGCACAAGGCCAGUCUAUGACUCCCUCCCCUGGCUGGCAGGCUCUGGGAUCCAGUCACAACCGAAUGGGCUCUAUUGAUGGUUCCCACUCAUUCUCUAACCGCAAUGAUCUGAAUCACUGGAAUGGUGCUGGACUGUCGGCAACUGGCAGUGGAGACCUCCAUGGCACUUCGCUCUGGGGAACCCCAAAAUAUUCCACUAGCCUAUGGGGGGCCCCAGGCAGCAACGACACCCGGGGAAUCAACAGCCCGUCGCCCAUCAACGCUUUCCUCCCUGUUGACCACCUAGGUGGAGAGUCCAUGUAAAACCUUUCACCUUUUGACAUAAGAACUGUGACUUCAAGAUGUAAUAAGUUGGGGGGGGUGGGGUGGGUGGGUGGUGGUAAGCACUAGUUUGAACUUUUCACCUACAAAGGGGGUUAACCUGUGGAAACAAGUUACUUUUCUGCACAUUUUUCCCACUUUUGUUUUAGCCCAAAACAUAUCAGUUUGAAUACUUGAAUCACGCAGGCCAAUACUAUAAUGUGAAAAAAAGUAUAUAUUUACACUUCCAGAUAUUCAUAUGAAAAAAACUGCUUAGAAAGCACAUUAUGUAUACAUCAUUUUUUUUUUUUUUUUGUUGAUAGUGAGCUUUUAUUUUUAAACUUUGCACUGAAUCUGUUUUUCUCUGUAUAAUCUGCAAUAUCAGAGAAGGCUGCAGUUCAGGUGUAAAUGUUUACUCAAGGAUGUUAAGUGUCUCCUCUACUAUGCCUUGAUGUAUGCCUACCUUGUUGUGGUAUUGUGAAGUUUAAGAUCAAGUUAUAAAUGCUGAUUUAGGAUAGGAUUUUGAUUUAAAAAAAAAAAAAAAAAAAAAAAAGGGAAAAAAAAAGUAUUGCACCAUUUGUGUUUUUAAAAACUAAAGAAUUUAGCUCUGCAGUGUAAAAAAGAAAAUAAACAAACUGGCCACAGCUGUGACUUGCAACCCAACCUGCAAGCCAGGAGGGUACAGCACUUUCAAUAGGCUUUCAAUUUUGUUUUGGAGGUGCCCAGGUUGUGCCCUCUUGUUUACAGACUUUUUUGAGAAAAUGUUUACUCUUCCAUCAUUAAAAAAAAAAAUAAAAUAAAAUAAAAAAAUAAAAAAAAAAUAGAUAAAAGACAAAAAAAAUAAUUUGAGGAUGAAGACGAUGCUUUCUAUCUCUGGGAAUACUGAACAGUGUUUGGCCAUGUUCUUUGGUUUUCUAUUCCUCUGUCUCCUAAAUAAAGAGCAUGGUUCUCAGGAAAAAAAAAAACAAA